UGGCACUGUUGUUGAGCUGCUGGGCUGGAGACGGCACAGCCUCAAAGGACUGGAGGCUUUUUCCCUUCUAACAGAGAUGACUGUGAGCUGCCGUUGCCCCUGUAGACACAGGAGAUAGGAUCUAUUGGCUUCUUCUCACUGCUACCACAGCUACCGUUAGGAUCUAUUGGCUUCUUCUCACUGCUACCACAGCUACCGUUAGGAUCUAUUGGCUUCUUCUCACUGCUACCACUGCUACCGUUAGUGUCAUAAGCCGGUGUAGCCUGCGCUGCUGUUGCUGCCUUAACCACUCCACCGCUGUCGCUGCUGCUCUCCCUGCCUCUGAUCCUUGUGGGCAGAGUGGGAUGGAAGCCCUCGCUGGAAGCCUGUUCAUGGAAAUGCUCUUUGCCGUUGUUUGCGCUGUAGCUCCGUGCUGGUGACAACAUGCCGUUAAAAUGGAAAAGCGGUUCUCCUGUCAGCUGGAAAUUCCCAGUGCAAGUUCUUAAGACAUCCAGGUCCUCACCGCUCUCUCCUGCCUAUAUCCACCAGCACUCCUUUGUGGUAUGGACAACCCACUCUCUCCUUGCUGCUUCUCCGACUUACCACCUGACAGGAUCCCUCGUGGAGGACGACGACCCUCACAUGAAAGUGUCGCUGGGGUGUGGUGACAUGGGCAUAUCUGCCCACCUACAGGCUUCCAAAACAGGAAACACUCGCUUCUUCACAAGCAACACACACAGCUCAGUGGUCCUUCAGGGAUUUGACCAGCUGAGGAUAGAGGGAUUACUGUGUGAUGUCACGCUGGUGGCGGGGGACGGAGACGAAGCCUUCCCAGUGCACCGCGCCAUGAUGGCCUCCUCCAGCGACUACUUCAAAGCCAUGUUCACAGGUGGAAUGAAGGAACAGGAUUUGAUGUGUAUCAAGCUUCAUGGUGUCAACCGAAUAGGCCUGAAGAAGAUCAUAGACUUCAUCUACACGGCCAAGCUGUCUCUCAACAUGGAGAACCUGCAGGACACACUGGAGGCAGCCAGCUUCCUCCAGAUCCUCCCGGUGCUAGACUUCUGCAAGGUCUUUCUCAUAUCUGGGGUGUCCUUGGAUAACUGUGUGGAGGUGGGGCGCAUCGCUAACACAUACAACCUCACCGAGGUAGACAAAUACGUUAAUAACUUCAUCCUCAAGAACUUCCCCUCGCUGCUGGGCACGGGGGACUUUGUCAAGUUGCCCUUUGAGCGGCUGGCCUUCGUUCUGUCCAGUAACAGUCUGAAGCACUGCAGCGAGCUGGACCUGUUCAAGGCUGCAUGCCGCUGGCUCCGCUAUGAGGACGGGCGCAUGGACCACGCCCCCAAGCUCAUGAAGAACAUCCGCUUCCCCCUCAUGAACCCCCAGGAGCUCAUCAACCACGUGCAGACUGUGGACUUUAUGCGCACAGACAACACCUGCGUCAACCUCCUCCUAGAGGCCAGCAACUACCAGAUGAUGCCCUACAUGCAGCCGGUCAUGCAGUCAGAGAGGACGGCCAUCCGCUCAGACAGCGGCCACCUGGUCACCCUGGGUGGCGUCCUGCGCCAGCAGCUGGUGGUCAGUAAGGAGCUGCGUCUCUUUGACGAGAAGGCCCACGAGUGGAAGGCGCUGGCGCCCAUGGACGCCCCCCGUUACCAGCACGGCAUCGCCGUCAUCGGCAACUUCCUCUUCGUGGUAGGAGGCCAGAGCAACUACGACACUAAAGGCAAGACAGCGGUGGACACGGUGUUCCGGUACGACCCGCGCUACAACAAGUGGAUGCAGGUGGCGUGCCUUAACGAGAAGCGCACCUUCUUCCACCUCAGCGCUCUCAAGGGACACCUCUACGCCGUGGGCGGCCGCAACGCUGCCGGAGAGCUGGCCACAGUGGAGUGCUACAACCCCAGGACAAACGAGUGGACGUACGUCGCUAAAAUGAACGAGCCACACUACGGCCAUGCAGGGACGGUGUACGGUGGUUACAUGUAUAUUUCAGGGGGAAUCACUCACGACACAUUUCAGAAAGAGCUGAUGUGCUUUGACCCAGAUGCAGACAAAUGGACUCAGAAAGCGCCCAUGACCACGGUGCGUGGCCUGCACUGUAUGUGCACGGUGGGCGACCGCCUCUACGUCAUCGGGGGGAAUCACUUCCGGGGCACCAGCGACUACGAUGACGUGUUAAGCUGUGAGUACUACUCCCCGGCCCUGGACCUGUGGACGCCCAUCGCCGCCAUGCUGCGGGGCCAGAGCGACGUGGGUGUGGCCGUGUUCGAGAACAAGAUUUACGUGGUGGGAGGCUACUCGUGGAACAACCGCUGUAUGGUGGAGAUAGUGCAGAAGUACGACCCGGAGAAGGACGAGUGGCACAAAGUGUUUGACCUGCCUGAGUCGCUGGGCGGGAUCAGAGCCUGCACACUGACCGUGUUUCCUCCAGAGGACUUGAUGGGCUCCCCCUCCAGAGAGUCACCCCUCUCAGCACCUUGAAGAACAGGGGGGGGAGCCCACCCCGCUCCUCUCACACCCCCACAACCCCCAACACCCUAUAGACAUUGUUUGCACUUCUUCUUUGGACUACAUCUGUACUGCAUCCCGAUACACCCCUUCCUCCCUAUGAUGAAAUCUACAUCCCGAUACACCCCUUCCUCCCUAUGAUGAAAUCUACAUCCCGAUACACCCCUUCCUCCCUAUGAUGAAAUCUACAUCCCGAUACACCCCUUCCUCCCUAUGAUGAAAUCUACAUCCCGAUACACCCCUUCCUCCCUAUGAUGAAAUCUACAUCCCGAUACACCCCUUCCUCCCUAUGAUGAAAUCUACAUCCCGAUACACCCCUUCCUCCCUAUGAUGAAAUCUACAUCCCGAUACACCCCUUCCUCCCUAUGAUGAAAUCUACAUCCCGAUACACCCCUUCCUCCCUAGUGAUGAAAUCUACAUCCCGAUACACCCCUUCCUCCCUAGUGAUGAAAUCUACAUCCCGAUACACCCCUUCCUCCCUAGUGAUGAAAUCUACAUCCCGAUACACCCCUUCCUCCCUAGUGAUGAAAUCUACAUCCCGAUACACCCCUUCCUCCCUAGUGAUGAAAUCUACAUCUCGAUACACCCCUUCCUCCCUAGUGAUGAAAUCUACAUCCCGAUACACCCCUUCCUCCCCCAAAGCUGUGCAGAACCCCCCUCCCUAGUGAUGAAAUCUACAUCCCGAUACACCCCUUCCUCCCCCAAAGCUGUGCAGAACCCCCCUCCCUAGUGAUGGAAUCUACAUACCGAUAUGGUUUGGCAACCUAAUUACAUGUUAAUGUUACAUAUUCGGUAUAUUUUGGCAGGAAAUACCUUGACUUGAAGAGUGACUUUGAAAUUCAACUUUUCUACCUGAUGUCUUUGAAGUUUUAUUACAUCCUUUUUCUUUAGACGUUUUAGCGGGUAAAAACCAUGCUGUUGGUUACCAUACUGACUCUGUUUUAGUCUGCCAGGUUAGGGCCAGUUGACACCCAGCGCAGCAGCAUAGGGGCAGCUGAGCUCCACACAGAGAUAGUUUUAAACUCAGGGGUCGGCCCACCCCCCCUCCCUCUUUCAGUUUCAGUUCUUUCCUGCUAUUGCUAUGAAACCGUUAACAAAAUUGUGUUUUCUAAAUUUAAUAAACAAGAUUUUGAAAAAAGAA